UUACUGCUCCUCACUUUUCCAAACCAAUCGGCUUCUAUUUAUCAGAUUCUGAAAAAGGAGAAUCAAAGCUUUGUUAGCCUCAAAGGAAGAAGAAAAGGAGCCAUAAAGAAAGAAAAAUGCUCAGCUUCAUCUUUAUGGUGAUUUCUGAUCUUCAUCGACAGAACUUUUGACGCCAAUUCCUUCUUUUGAUGCUCGCUUUCCACUCUUAAGAGCGAUAACCAUCAGAGAUCGCACCGUUUGGUUAAAUCGUUCUCUUUUGCUCAACUAUAGUCUAUAAGUAAAGAGUGAUUAAGGUUCUUAUCCUGCUUGCAUCGCUUGGUUUAGUUGCAGAUCCUACGCCAAGUUCCUUUUUUGAACCUUGAUUUUCACUCAGGCGAAAUUUGGUCAAGGCUCUUUUUUUUAUACAUCAAGGUCUGGUGGGAAGGAUCAGUUGCAUUCUGAUUCACAUUGAAUUGGAAUGGAAUGACCAGCUUAAACAAGUGAGAUGGAUGAUGGAGAAAUAGACCAUUCAAGCUACCCUUUGUUAGCCAAUCCUCAUAGAUCAAGCUGUGGAAACUAUGAGGAGUUGAAGAACAACAAGAAAUGUACUCAUACCCACACUUGCAAUCCCCCAGGACCAGCCAUUCCAACACACUCCCACACUUGCUACCACACUCAUACGCAAGUGUUCUCUCCUGAUGAAGAUGAUCUAGGUGGAGAAAAUGAGUUGAAGAAGCCAACAAAGAAACUUUCAGGGAAUAGAGAAGCUGUUAAGAAAUACAGAGAGAAGAAGAAGGCGCAUGAAGCUUACUUGGAGGAGGAAGUCAAGAAAUUGCGCUAUGUAAACCAGCAGCUCUUGAGGAGAUUGGAGGGCCAGGCCGCGCUCGAAGCUGAGAUUCUUAGGCUGAAGAGCCUUUUGGUAGAUCUACGAGCUAAGAUUGAUGCUGAGCUUGGUGUUUACCCUUCCAAGAACUUGCAGUGCGCUGAGUCCGAGUGUUUCAUGGGGCUUGUAGAAGGGGUUGGUAUGGAAGGAAGCUGUUUUCCUGCUGUUGAGGAUUGCCAGAUCAACCAAAUUGCUGAUUUGUCUCUAAAUUUGGAGAGUGUCAAUGGCGUGAAGGUUGGAGGGAACAUGCUAUCAUCAGCCUAUCAAGCUAAUAAUUUACUUGCAUGAAGGUUAGGAAAAUUCGAAGACUUGGGCUUCAUUUGGGACGGCUUUCUUACUGCUUCUUAAAAGCAGCUUUUAAGAAGCAGUAAGAAAGCCGUCCCAAACGAAACCUUGGAAGCUAUUUUAUUGUCUGAGUUGUUUUCUUAUAGCUGUAUAAAGUAUGUUGAGGAAUAUUAGGCUUUGUGUAGAAAUGACAGAUGGCUCAUAAGAAGCAUCAUUUAUAUAUAUAAUAUAAAUAUUGAGGUUUUGUUUUUGUAUUGCAAGUUAUGUAAAUAUUGAGGUUUGU